CUUCUGCCCGCCCGCCCCGUGGUCGGCGAGCGAAGGGAGAAGGCGGCCAGAGGCCCGAGCUCUUAACCAGCCAGGACCUGGACGCAGCCACAGCCAACGCAACGACCGCACCAGCAGGGUGCGGGCUGGGCCCUGCGAGACUCUCGCGAUGUUGCUAGGGGCCCUGCGAGACUCGGCAGCGGGCGCCGCCGGUUGCUACGGGCCGCGACUGGGGGAGACGUGCGGCCGCCGCGAAGGGAGGUCAUCGCCGCCCCGAGAUGUCUCAGUUUACAAAUGAAGAUGAAGCUCUGUUACAGUCCAUGCUUAGACAAUUGCUGCAAAGUGUGAAGGAAAAAAUCACUGGGGCUCCGUCAGUGGAAUGUGCCGAAGAGAUUCUCUUGCAUUUGGAGGAAACUGAUGAAAAUUUUCACAACUAUGAAUUUGUGAAAUACCUUAGGCAAUAUAUAAAUAAUACUCUGGGCUCUGUGAUUGAAGAAGAAUCAGAAAAAUGUACUUCUACUCAAAGUCAGAGUGAAGUUUCUGGCUAUGAUACUCUUGUCCAACAUGUUACUAAGAAGACACGUGAAUCAAAACAAUACAGAGAAAUGAUGCAUGCCUUGAAGAAUGUCAUGAUGGUUGUGGUAGAGUCUUUAGUUAACAAGUUUGAAGAAGAUCGGAUGUGUAAAAAGGAGCUGGAUAGUGAAACCAAGAAGAAAUCUCAAAGUUAUUAUGGCACAGACAACUAUUCCGACAGUGACUCUUCAUUCAAUCAAAGUUAUACAUUCAUGAGUCAAGAACAAUUGCAGCUGCUUGUGGAAAAGCUUGACCCUAUUCAGCCUAAGGAAGUUCGCCAAGAAGCAUUGCAGACGCUGUGCUUGGCCCCUCCAUCUGAUGUAUUGAGCUCUGAGUGUUGGCCAAAUCUACGUAAGCACCUGACGAUGUCUCUGUCAGAUCCCGAUGAAAUAUUCAGUGAGAAAAUUCUUAGGUUUUAUGCAAAAACCUUCUCUUCAUCUCCAUUUAAUAUGACAAGAGAAGUCUAUACAAGUUUAGCACAGCAUUUGGAGUUUUACUUCCUUUCUGGAGAAUAUUCUCUUCGCAUUUCAUCAGGUCUGGAUGUAUCUAAUGCAGAAGUAACUCGUAUACUUAAAAAGGUUCGUCUGUUAAAUGAAUACCAAAAGGAAGCUCCAUCUUCCUGGAUUCGUUAUCCAGAAAAGUACAUGGAGGAAAUAGUGGAGAGUACCUUGUCACUGUUGUCAGUAAAACAUGAUCCCAAUCAUCCUGCCUCUUCAGACUUCUUAAGUCCCAUCUACUUUUUGGCUCUGCUGGAUAUCAAGGCUGUAUGGUUUAAAAAGUGGACGCAUGCACAUUACAGCAGAACAGUGAUACUUAGGCUUUUGGAAAAGAAAUAUAAAUCUUUGAUUAAUGCAGCUGUCCAGCAAUGUCUUGAUUAUUUUGAAUUUUGCAAGGCGGCAGUUUGUAAAACUUCCAGAGUCAAUGACUUCCCUCAGCAGCAUUCUAAUAAUGAGCAGAAGUUUUUUUAUACUGGAUCAGAAUUGCAGUACAUCUAUUUUGUUCAUUCAUUAUGCCUUUUAGGCAGAUUGUUGAUAUAUAAGCAAGGCCGAAAUCUCUUUCCAGUACAGCUGAAAAACAAAAAAGAUUGCGUAUCCCUAACUGAUCUGUUGGUAUUGUUUACUCAACUUAUUUAUUACUCUCCAAGUUACUCAAAGGAGGCUUUGGCAGCACGUACAGACAAUUAUUCUCCAGCAAGUCUCGUUAUGGAGAUUCUGCAAGUGUUCUGUGAUCAAACAGGGUGUGCUACUGACUGUUUAUAUACAGAUGUAGUGAUGGAUGCCCUACUUGAUCCUCUUCAAAGUUUACUGAAUGGUACAGAGGUAUUUAUAAAUUGCCUUGAAACCACUUUAAUUGAUAUAGCUGAUAUUUUGGCAAGGAUUGCUGCUGCAGAAGAUGGUCUUUCUGUUCUUCUUUAUGGAGGAAAUAAAAACUCUGCAAAAGAAAAUAGUCCUACAGCUGUUCAUAUAAUUGUUCAGUUUACAAAGAAACUUCUUCAUGACGACAUUUCUCUUUUAUCUGGAUCCGAGCUUUUGCAAGUUGUUAAAGGAGCUUUCAUUUUUGUAUGUCGUCAGAUGUACAGAACAUGUGAAGGCCUGCAGAUGCUAAUUCCUUAUGGCUUGCAUGAAUCAAUUGGAGAGGCCUGGAAAAAGGCAAGUUUGCUUUCAGAAAGAGUACCUACCCCUGUAACUGGUGCAGACUCCACAUCAUCAAUAAGUCUAGACUCAAAAAAUGUUGUGUUAUGGGAAGAGACUUUGCUAGAUGCCCUGCUAAAUUUUUCAGCCACACCCAAGGGACUAUUUUUGCUUCAUAGUACUGGGGCCAUGAGUGACUGUGUGAGCUUUAUGUUCAACAGUUUAUCAAAAAAACACCAGGCAAAUGAACAUGAAGAAUUUGAUAAUGGAGUGAUUGUUGCACAAAUGGCGACAACACCAACAGCUGCAGUAGCUCUACAGAGUUCAGGAUUUAUAAAGACAUUUGUAGCCAAACUGUGGGCUCUUCUGGAGUGUGGAAAAGAUGAUGUGAGGAUAACUCAACCCAAAUCUACUCCAGUUGACCCUAUUGACCAGAGCUGUCAGAAGUCUUUUCUAUGUCUGAUAAACUUGCUCACUUACCCUGCAGUUUUUGAGCUACUGAGUGAACAGGAUAUACCAAAUAAACCAAUGUAUUCACACCGUGAAGUACCCACAGACAUUAUUAAUAUCAUUGACAGAAUUAUAAUUUUGAACUCGGAAGCAAAAAUUCAUUCCUUAUUCAAUUAUGAACAAUCGCAUGUCUUUGGUCUACGGUUGUUAAAUGUGCUAUGCUGUGAGCUUAAUACCCUUUUGCUCUUGGAGACUAAGUAUAAAGUGUCACAAGUUUUACUCACUGCUCAGGAAGAAAAUGUCACAGAAGCUUUGGAAGGACCAGGAGAUUUUAUUGUUGAUAGUCUAUCAGUUGAGAGAAACCAUGUUCUUGUCAGAAUAAAUCUUAUUGGAGGACCACAGGAAAGAAUUUUGCCUUCAAGAACUCUAGAUAAGGGCAGUGAUCCAUAUCCAUGGCCAAUGUUUUCAUCAUUCCCUUUGCCAAAGUGCUAUCUUGCAGAAGUUCCUAGGAAAGCUGAUUUCAAACAAGCUCUGUUUAGAAAUCUAAUUCCUAUGCAAACCUCAAGAUUAACCUUUUGGCUCAACUCAGAUAAAGUUCUUGACAAACUGAUGUCAAUCUUACAAAGUCCAGGUGGACAAUCUGAGUGGGCUGAAAUUUGCAGAAGGCAAUUCUGCAAAAUCAUGAAAACCAGACCGGAUACCAUCAGUGGACCGAUUUUGGCAGAAUUAAUUGAAAAAUUCGUUUUACAUCUUUCUGAGAGUCGAUCAAAUUGUUAUUUCAGUAUGGGAAGAUAUGAAGCCACAGAUGCAGAUGUGAAGAAAGAAAACCUUUCAUCGGUGCAGCAGCUUGGUAUUGAAAUGACAGUCAGAUAUGGAAAACAUCUGAACUUGCUAAAAGAACAUGCUGAAAAUGAGCUAUGCUUCGUGUUAAUGAAUUGUGAGCAGUUUCUGAAACAACAGCAGAGAGCUGUGGUAUCCUCACUUCGCUGUUUGCAGGGACACUAUCCUGGCUAUGACUGGUUUGCAUCUUCUGUGUUCCUCAUAAUGUCAGGGGAUGGAGAGAAAACUCUAACAUUUCUUCAGCAAUUUUCUCAUCUUCUUGUUUCAGCGUUUCUUUGGAUACCAAGACUGCAUAUGUCUGUGCACCUGCCUAUUGCCACAGUGGAAUCUGGCAUCCAUCCAGUCUACUUUUGCAGUGCUCACUACAUUGAGAUGCUGCUGAAAGCUGAGUUGCCGCUUGUCUUCUCUGCCUUCCACAUGUCUGGUUUCACUCCAUCCCAGAUUUGCCUACAAUGGAUAACUCAGUGUUUCUGGAAUUACAUGGACUGGAGUGAGAUCUGUCAUUACAUCGCCACAUGUAUUUUCCUCGGUCCUGACUAUCAGGUUUAUAUGUGUAUUUCUGUGUUCAGACACCUACAGCAAGACAUCCUGAGGCACACUGAAGCCCAAGAUCUCCAGGUUUUUCUUAAAGAAGAAGCACUCCAUGGAUUUCGAGUGACUGAUUAUUUAGAAUACAUGGAAAGCUUGGAACUGAUCUACAGACCCAUGCUGCUAAAAGACAUGAGGAACAUCAGAGUGCAGAACACAUAGAUCAAGCAUGACAGAUUUUCUAGCUUUGGUUACGUUCAGUAAAAGAAUGUUGAUUAUUUCAUAUAAAAACAUGCACUAAAAUAAGUCAGGCUGUGUAUAUGUACAUACUGUAAAAUAAAUAAGGAGGGUUUUCAGAAUAUGGUUUUUACAAAAUGUCUUCUCUGAAAUUGGAUGUCCUAAAAAUACAGUAUUUUCCCAGACUGAUCACAUGCAUAGCUUCUUUUUUAUUUUGCAUAAAGUAGAUUCAGAAUUCAGAUUGUUGAAAUUUUUUCAUUAAAAUACAUAGAACCUGUUUGCAAAUCAUUGCAUCACUGUCAUAUUCAUGCAUCACAGUCCUAAAACCUUUGUAUUUUGUAUGGGCCUGACGAAGUGAUUUUAUUUUAAUUUUUUUAGAAGCAACAGUGCAUAAUUCAUGUGUAUGAGAAGUGAAUAAAUGAAAAAUAAAUCUCUG